CCCGCCGGACGACGCGAUCGCCUCGCACUUGUUCUCCUGCCAGGAAACACAACCUCGCCCCGUCUUUCUCUCCCCUCCAUGGAACUCCCCGCACUGGCUGGGAACUUCUCCUGAGCGCCGGACGUCUUUUCCCGCGACAUGCUCGCCGUGCGUCGGCAGAGGACGACGACGUUGAUGAGGACGGCGGUGAUGAUGCUGCUGCUGGCCGGACUUCUUCUCCUAGAUGUGCCGUGCGCGGCCGAGGAGGGCGUGCGGCGUGCGGGCGGCUCGCGGCCGGACUGCGUGCGGGCCAGCGAGCAGUGCCUGCAGGAGCCCGCCUGCAGCUCCAGGUACCGCACCAUCAGGCAGUGCGUGUCCGGCAAGCACGGCAACUUCAGCCAAGUCGGCCGCAUGGACGCGCAGGACGAGUGCCGGAGCGCCGUGGACGCGCUCAGGCAAAGUCCUUUGUACCGAUGCCGCUGCAAGAGGAGCAUGAAGAAGGAGAAGAACUGCCUGCGCGUCUACUGGGGCAUCUACCACUCCUUGCAAGGUAAUGACUUCUUGGAGGAUUCUCCCUACGAGCCUGGCAACAGUCGCUUGGCUGACAUCUUCCGCCUGGCGCCCAUCCUAGGUGAGCCGGCGCUGGCCCGGGAGAACAAGUGUCUGAACGCGGCCAAGGCGUGCAACCUGAACGACACGUGCAAGAAGUACCGCUCAGCCUACAUCAGCCCGUGUACCAGCAGAGUGUCCACGGCCGAGGUGUGCAACAAGAGGAAGUGUCACAAAGCCCUCAGACACUUCUUUGACAAGGUGCCCGCCAAGCACAGCUACGGCAUGCUGUUCUGCUCGUGUCCAGCAGGGGACCAGACGGCGUGCUCAGAGCGGCGCAGACAGACCAUCGUGCCCGCCUGCUCCUACGAGGACAAGCACACACCAAACUGCUUGGAGCUGCAAGACCACUGCAGGACUAACUACAUCUGCAGAUCACGUCUGGCUGACUUCUUCGCCAACUGCCAGCCUGAACCACGAUCACUUUCUGGCUGUUUGAGGGAGAACUAUGCAGACUGUCUGUUGGCGUACUCGGGUCUGAUUGGCACGGUGAUGACUCCAAACUUUGUGCGUUCAGCCAAGAUCAGCGUGUCUCCGUACUGCGACUGCAGCAAGAGCGGCAACAACAAGGACGACUGUGACAAGCUCACCACCUUCUUCACCGACAACGCGUGUCUCCGUAAUGCCAUCCAGGCUUUCGGGAAUGGGACAGAUAUCGGGGUGCAGCCACCCAUUUCACCUGCCCAGACCACCAGUGCCGUCACGUCGCCGUACCAACGCAACCGCCAACGCAACAACAUUGACAAUCACAUCAACACAGACACUGGAAUAUACCACUUCUGUGGAAGUUUACAGGCUCAGAAAUUAAAAUCCAACUCGACGACUGACAGCAUCUUUUGUGUGGACCCUCAGAUCGACGGUCCGAGCGUGUCCAACUCCCUCGCGGGAAACUCUGCCGCCUCCAGACGAGACGGCGCUCUGCUGCCCGCUCUGCUGCCCCCUGUGGUGUGGCUGUGGACUCACUGACGCGUUGUCAUGGCGACGUCAGGUGUUACACUUCCUCCUCUUGUUUUUCUUCCUCAUUAAACCUCGUCAAGUACACCUUGAGUUUGUGCAGCCACGCAAAAUAAAGCUCCAAUCAGGAUUAGGCACGCCCACAUUUGCUCCGGUGAGGAUUAGACACGCCCACGUUUGCUCUGGUGAGGAUUAGACACGCCCACAUUUGCUCUGGUGAGGAUCAGACACACCCACAUUGGCUCUGAUGAGGAUUAGACACGCCCACGUUUGCUCUGGUGAGGAUCAGACACACCCACAUUUGCUCUGGUGAGGAUCAGACACACCCACAUUGGCUCUGAUGAGGAUUAGACACGCCCACAUUCAACCUCGUCAGGAUUAGAAAAACCCACAUUCAUUCUGGUCAGGAUUAGACACACCCACAUUUGCUCUGGCAAUGAUUAGACACGCCCACAUUCAUUCUGGUCAGGAUUAGACACACCCACAUUUGCUCUGGCAAUGAUUAGACACGCCCACAUUCAUUCUGGUCAGGAUUAGACACACCCACAUUUGCUCUGGCAAUGAUUAGACACGCCCACAUUCAUUCUGGUCAGGAUUAGACACACCCACAUUCACCCUAAUCAGGAUUAGACACACCCAAAUCCACCCUGGUGAGGAUUAGACACGCCCACAUUCACUCUGGUGAGGAUUAGACACACCCACAUUCAUUCCGGUGAAGAUUAGACACACCCAAAUUCACUCUGGUGAGGAUUAGACACGCCCACAUUCAUUCUGGUGAGGAUUAGACACACCCACAUUCAUUCUGGUGAAGAUUAGACACACCCAAAUUCACUCUGGUGAGGAUUAGACACGCCCCAUAUUCACUUUGGUGAGGAUUAGACACACCCACAUUCACCCUGGUGAGGAUUAGACACACCCACAUCCACCCUGGCCCAUAUUCACCCUGGUGAGGAUUAGACAUGCCCAUAUUCACUUUGGUGAGGAUUACACACACCCACAUUCACCCUGGUGAGGAUUAGACACGCCCACAUUCACUCUGCUGAGUAUUAGACACACCCACAUUCAUUCUGGUGAAGAUUAGACACACCCAAAUUCACCCUGGUGAGGAUUAGACACCCCCACAUUCACCCUGGUGAGGAUUAGACACACCCACAUUCAUUCUGGUGAAGAUUAGACAAGCCUAUAUUCACUCUGGUGAGGAUUAGACACACCCAUAUUCACCCUGGUGAGGAUUAGACACACCCACAUUAAUUCUGGUAAAGAUUAGACACACCCAAAUUCACCCUGGUGAGGAUUAGACACACCCACAUUCACCCUGGUGAGGAUUAGACACACCCACAUUCACCUUGGUGAGGGUUAGACACGCCCACAUGCACCCUGGUCAGGAUUAGACACACCCACAUUCAUUCUGGUGAAGAUUAGACACACCCAAAUUCCCUCUGGUGAGGAUUAGACACGCCCCAAUCAUCCCGGUGAGGAUUAGACACACCCACAUUCGCCCUGGUGAGGAUUAGACACACCCACAUCCACCCUGCUGAGGAUUAGACACGCCCACAUUCACGCUGUUGAGGAUUAGACACGCCCAUAUUCACUUUGGUGAGGAUUAGACACGCCCACAAUCAUCCUGGUGAGGAUUACACACACCCACAUUCACCCUGGUGAGGAUUAGACACACCCACAUCCACUCUGCUGAAGAUUAGACACACCCACAUUCACCCUGGUGAGGAUUAGACACACCCACAUUCACCCUGCUGAAGAUUAGACACGCCCACAUUCACCCUGGUGAGGAUUAGACACACCCACAUUCACCCUGCUGAAGAUUAGACACGCCCACACCCAUCAACAUACCACAUUUGGCAAAAGUCGACAAAGAUGCACAACUUCUGUCACGGCCAUGUUUGGCCAGCAGGAGGCAGCGUGGAGAUAAAGAGAUUGUAAAUACUUUUCUGUUUUUUAUGUUUCAUCUUUUUGAUAUUCUGCCUUUUUAUGAUUUUGGUUGUCUUGGAGACGAAGGACACUCCAGCUGCUCCUUCCUUCCUUUUACCUCCUCGUGUGUCAAGUUGUGCUUCUAAAAGUCACUCCUCAGUCCCCGCAGGAUUUCACCGGGUUUGUUUUUGUCUUCCGACUGUUGGCCUCGAGUACUUGAAUUCACGGCAGCUUUCUCAGAAAGUUUGCGGGCAAAAGUCGCAAAGUUCUGGAAGCUUAUUUUUUCCCAACAAUAUUACAUUUUUAUGAAUUUGUUUUCAAUGUUUGCAAUGUUCCUCGUAACCUCCAACUAAAAAGCACAACAUUUGAUCACCAUUUGUACAACUAACAGUGUUGAUGUUUUACUCAUUUUAUAGCACACCGAUUUAAAAGUGGACACUAGGUGGCAGUACUCAGAGCUCAUUGUCAAAAUACUGUUUAAUUCAUCAUAACUAAUAAUGGUAAUAAUGAAUCAUAAUUACAGACAGAAACGCCUCCAAAGUCCACAAGUUGCGGACAUUCUCCGUGUAUGUUUUACACUUUCAUUUAUAAUCUAUUUUGCUCCAUUUUUGUUGGUGCAUGAAAACUUAUCAUCACACUCUAACAUCUCUAACAUGUCAAUGCUGCCUCUUUGCUAGGUCAGCUUUGCACAUGAAAAUAUCUUCUUAACCGUCUUACUGUGGGUAAAUAAAUGUCAAAUACCUGUAAAGUAGGAAGUAAACGUUUAUAUGCUACAUUACCCAGAAGGCUUAGCGCUGUGGACAGGAACAGGAAGUAGGUGUGGUUUGAUCAAUAAAUAGUGGAUCUAUUGUUACACAUUGUUGUUCCCUGUUGGUCUUCACCACAGGUGUCAAACUCAAGGCCCGCCACUUCAUUUUAUUUGGCCCUGGAAAGCCUGGAAAUAAUAUGUAUCAAUAAAGCACUGUAACUUAAAUAUUGUCUAAUUAUGCAAAAAUAUAUGAUUAAACAUUCAAACGUUUUUUUAAAUAGAAAAUAAUAUUAAUGAUAAUGAUUUCAAAGCAAGUUAUCCAUCAAAUUGUGCAAUGUAAAAGUAGCAAAAGAUUUCAUGGUCAAAUUGUGAAAUUUACUGUGUUUUUUACAGCAUUUCUCUCUAAAUGAAAAAAACUGUACUUUUUUUUUUACUGUAAUAAACGGUGGCGCUUUUUUUGCAUUUACAGUAAUACACCCACAAAUCUACACUUGUUGAUUGGUGGUAAAAAAUAAAAUAAAAAAAAGAACAAACUGGCAGCUCAGGUGCCAAAGUUGUACUGUAAAAUUGCAUUUUUUUUUGUUUACAGUAAAAAAUCUAAAGUAAAUUGUACAGUAAAAUAAUGGUAACUGAAUUGCCAGUUUUUUCGGGGUUUUUUUUACCGCCAAUCAACAAGUGUAGAUUUUUGGGUGUAUUACAGUAAAAAAAAAAGUACAGGUUUUUUUUCAUUUACAGUAAAAAAAAAAAAAGGCAGCUCUGGUG